ACCCGAAUAGAGAAGAAAAAGAGAGAAAAAAGCCAACAAAACCCUAGGGGAUCAGAGACACCCGACGACCACCACCACCCCCACGCCCCUCCUCUCUCGAAAGACAUGAGGACCUUAGCCACCCUCGUGGUCGUGGCCCUCCUCGCGACGGCAUCAGAGGCAGGGGAACGACCCAGCUUGUACAAACGGGGUCAGCUGGUCCACGUCUGCACCCCCAGGGACGUGAAGAUGAUGGCCCGUUUCGUUUGCAGUCUUCACCGGCGUUCUGUGCGUUCCUCCUCGUCCUCCUCGUCCUCGGUCGCCGACUCCGUCAUCGUCAGCGGGCCCCUCUUCAGGAUCCCAG